GCCCGGCUGCUAUAAGAUUCUCAACUGGAGAAUGCUGAUAUUGGGAUCCCUUCCUAGCUUGGAGCCAGCCAAGCCAGUCAUCGACCUUGGGAGCAAUCCUGAGCUGCAGGACACAAUGUGAUCUGGCUGUUGUUGAGUCUAGCUCCCACAAAAUCCUAAGAGUGCCUGAAGCUCUCCUGCAGCAUGUGUGGCAUUUGGGCCCUCUUCGGCAGCGAUGACUGCCUUUCCGUGCAGUGCCUGAGUGCUAUGAAGAUUGCACACAGAGGGCCAGAUGCAUUUCGCUUUGAGAAUGUCAAUGGAUACACCAACUGCUGCUUUGGAUUUCACCGCUUGGCCGUGGUUGACCCCCUCUUUGGAAUGCAGCCAAUAAGAGUGAAGAAAUACCCUUAUCUGUGGCUCUGUUACAACGGGGAAAUCUACAACCACAAGGCGCUACAACAACGCUUUGAGUUCGAGUAUCAGACCAAUGUGGAUGGUGAGAUUAUACUGCAUCUCUAUGACAAAGGAGGUAUCGAGCAAACCAUUUGUAUGUUGGAUGGGGUGUUUGCAUUCAUCUUGCUGGACACUGCCAACAAGAAAGUGUUUCUGGGCAGAGAUACCUAUGGAGUCAGGCCCUUGUUUAAAGCCAUGACAGAAGAUGGAUUUCUGGCUGUAUGUUCAGAAGCUAAAGGGCUCGUUUCCUUGAAGCACUCCACAACUCCCUUCUUAAAAGUGGAGCCCUUCCUUCCUGGACACUAUGAAGUUUUGGAUUUAAAACCAAACGGCAAAGUUGCAUCUGUGGAAAUGGUGAAGUACCAUCAUUGUCGGGAUGAACCCCUGCAUGCCCUCUACGACAGCGUGGAGAAACUCUUCCCAGGCUUCGAGUUAGAAACGGUGAAGAGCAACCUUCGUAUCCUGUUUGACAAUGCUGUCAGGAAACGCUUGAUGACGGACAGGAGGAUCGGCUGCCUUUUAUCAGGGGGCCUGGACUCGAGCUUGGUUGCCUCCUCCUUGCUGAAGCAACUCAAGGAGGCUCAAGUACAGUAUCCACUCCAGACAUUUGCGAUUGGCAUGGAAGACAGCCCCGAUCUACUGGCUGCUAGAAAGGUGGCAAAUUAUAUUGGAAGCGAGCAUCAUGAAGUCCUUUUUAAUUCUGAAGAAGGCAUUCAGGCCCUGGAUGAAGUCAUAUUUUCCUUGGAAACUUAUGACAUUACGACAGUUCGAGCAUCUGUAGGUAUGUAUCUAAUUUCCAAGUAUAUUCGGAAGAACACAGACAGCGUGGUGAUCUUCUCAGGAGAAGGGUCAGAUGAACUUACACAGGGCUACAUAUAUUUCCACAAGGCCCCUUCUCCCGAGAAGGCAGAGGAGGAGAGUGAGAGGCUGCUGAAGGAACUCUACCUGUUUGAUGUUCUCCGCGCCGACCGCACUACUGCUGCCCACGGUCUUGAGCUGAGAGUCCCGUUUCUGGAUCAUCGGUUUUCCUCCUAUUAUUUGUCCCUGCCACCAGAAAUGAGAGUUCCAAAAAAUGGGAUAGAAAAACAUCUCCUGCGAGAGACGUUUGAGGACUCCAACCUGCUCCCCAAAGAGAUCCUCUGGAGACCAAAAGAAGCCUUCAGUGAUGGGAUCACCUCAGUUAAGAACUCCUGGUUCAAGAUUCUACAGGAUUAUGUUGAACACCAGGUUGACGACGCAAUGAUGGCAACGGCAGCCCAGAAGUUUCCCUUCAAUACUCCCAAAACUAAAGAAGGCUAUUUCUACCGCCAGAUCUUUGAACACCAUUACCCAGGCCGGGCUGAUUGGCUGACCCAUUAUUGGAUGCCCAAGUGGAUCAACGCCACCGACCCUUCUGCCCGUACUCUCACCCAUUAUAAGUCAGCUGCCAAAGCUUAGAUGCUCUCUAAACUCUAGUGUAAAAGUUAAGUGUUUCUUCUCACUCUGAAGGAGUAGACAUCGAGACAAACACAGAAGUAAUGCAAAUCAACCAUCAACCACUCAGGCUAACAUAGGCAUGGAAAGAAAUAAAAAUAUUACAUCUAAAAUGACUUCUGGUGGUGGAUGCAGCCUUGUUAGAGGCAACCAGAGACAGAGCGGCAUUUGCUGUUACCACCAUGUGGAUGACAAUGAGCUAAGCUGCAAGGGAGAGCAUGUGAUCUUCACAUCUCAGUUCUGACUAUGUUCCUAACAGCUGGCUAGGCAGCCAGGGAUGGGUGUCCUUUGUGGGAAUCCAUGAUAGUUCUGCGUUGUAGGACAGGAAUUCAGGUUUUGCUUUCUUAUAUUGUGUUAAUAUCCCCUGUGAAGACUUAUGGAAUUGGGAAUAAACUUUUCAAAUAUAGAGUCAGAUGCAAAGUUA